CACCGCAAACAAGAAGAAUGAAAUGUCAAAUGUCAAAAGUCAAAAUACGAGAAGUUAAUCGUCCAUUUAUUUCUACGAUAUUUUAUUUUUAUACCGAAUAAUAAUAAGGCAAUUAGAAGAGAUAUGUUAAUGAUAAAAUCGAAAAAAUCAACGAAUUGUUUGUCUACUCAAACGAUGCAACUAGCAAUUAACGUUACCGUUAAUUAGUUGCUUUUAUUCUCCACAAAAUGGCAGCGAAUCCAGAAAACGCAGCAGGCAGCAACGGCACUCUAUCGAGACAUUUCCCCGCCCGAGAAUACGAUGCCCUCAAACAACAAAUCGAGAAAACCACCAACGAACUCACCACAUCGAGAAGAAGAUGCGAUCACGCCCUGAGCGACUUGGACUACUAUCGCGAACAACACCGAGCCGUCAUGAACCAACUGGAAAUCUCCUCGCAGGACUCCUCCACCCUCCGCACCAAAUACUCGGAGCUCCUCGUCGAGCACAAGCAGCUCCAAUCGGAGCACCAGGCGCUCCGCGAGGCCCUCUCGAAGGUCGAAUCGUCGCAGGACGACAACGCCCGCUUGAUGAAGGAACGCGACGAGCUCAAUCGAGACCGAUCGCAGGCCCAACGCGAGGUGGCCAAUCUCCGACAGCAGCUCGUCAAGCUCUGCAAGGACUACGCCAAGUACAGGGAGGCCCACCAGAAGCUCCAGCAGCAAUACGACGAAGCCGUUAACCUUACCAUCAAAGCUAAUAAAGAUAUUAAACGGUUAACGGACGAACGAAAUGCUACGAUGGCUGAAUACACUCUAGUAAUGAGCGAACGGGAUACGGUUCACAAAGAAAUGGAGAAGCUUAGUGAUGAUUUAGCGCAAUCGAUUAAAAAGUGCAAAUUACUCGAUCUGUCGAACAAAGAGCUGCAAGACGAGAAACGCCAUUUGAGCUAUCGGUUAGAGUCUUUGAGGCGCGAGAUAGCGAGCGCUCUGCACGAGAGAGACAAGGCGGUCAAAGAGUGCAACGAUUUGCGCGAGAAAUUCGGCGAUACGAGCUUCGACAAUUUGCUGGCUGGCUGCGAUCAAACGACGAAGAAGGCGCGCGAGGGGCCGGGCGGGCAGCCGGGGGACGCGACGAGAGGCGUGGAGCGCAUGCGCGGCGACGAGGACGAGGGUAUGGUGGAGAGGAGACAGCGAUUGGACAAUUUGGACCAGGCCAAUCAGGAGUUGGAGAAUUUGCGGAAGUGUUUGGAUAAAGUGCAGGGCGAAUUGGCCGAGGCCGUGCAGGAGGCGGAGGUGUCUAAAGGCCGACGCGACUGGGCGUUCGCCGAACGCGACAAGAUCGUCUUGGAGCGCGAAAGCAUCCGUUCGCUCUGCGACAGCAUGCGCAAGGAGCGCGACCGCGCCGUCUCCGCCUUGGCGGACGCGCUGCGCGACCUCGACGCGCUCCGGUCGCUGCGCGACGAGCUCGUCGAGCAGUCGAAGGCGUUGCGCGACGCGCUCGAACUGCAACCGCAGCCGCUCGACCGCCAGACGGGCGAGUACUCGCGCACCGACGUCGUCGAAUUGGAGCUGACGCCCGGCGACGAGGAGGCCGUCGAGCUGGCCGGCGAGCCGUCGGGCGUCUACGUGGCCUCCGUCGUGGCCGGUUCGACGGCCGAAGGGCGCAUCUUUCGCGACGAUAGGAUAUUGAAAGUGAACGAUAUCGAUUGUAGUCAGGGCUCGUUGAGGAUGGUCACCGAGGCUAUAAGAUCGAGCAUGCCGCUGGCUAGGUUGCUGGUGAAGAGGAGCAGAUCGAUUAGAAGCGGCGGCGGUGGUGGUGGUGGUGGUGGUGAUCAGGAGAGGGUGACGAAGUGGAUACAUACGGCUCGAUUGGUGCCCGGUUGUCACGGGGUGUCGUUGAAGGCGGGUGUGUUUAUACACAGGAUCAGCGAGGGGAGUUUGGCGGCGAGAGAUGGGAGUCUGACCGUCGGGGAUAGGGUGCUGAGGAUCAACGACAAAUCCAUGGACGACGCUGAAAGCCUCCACGAAGCCAUCAGCAUCCUCAACGACGAUACCACCGACGUCGUCAACAUAACGACCUUGAAAAUGAGCUACCCGGAAUGUCCGAACGUCUUCACUCCGGUGCGUCGAUACAAAAAAGAGAACCGCAGUUCGCAAACCGAAGAUUGGCCGGCGCGCGAUUCGAAAUACCCGACACAGGAGAAGAACAACAGUAUCAACAACAAUACCAACAACAAUAGCAACAACAACAAUACCAACAACAACGGCAACGGCGGCGCCUGGCUGAAGGAGAAAUUCGACAUGAUGCGCGGCCCGUGGAGGCAUUCCAAGGAGGAGAAGAAGAAAUAUCGCAACAGUUCCCCGAAUCCGGUCGAUUUCGGACACGAACAGGCGAUAGCCGAAUUGGAUUUGGUCAUCGACAGUUACCGUCCCGGUACGUUGAAGAAAUCUGGAGCGGCCAAAAAACACUUCGCCCAAGCGAAAGAGGACAAAAGCAACGGCGGGACGUGGCCCAAGGCCCGCGCCACGCCCGUCCUCGCGCCCGACGGCGGCACCGUCGUGACGCGCGCCAAACAACGGCCGCCACUGUCCCUUCUGGCGCCCAAAACGAGCGACAGCUACAACUACAGGAACUCGACGCCGGCGCCUUUAGCGCCGUCGGCGUCGCCGUCUUCGGCGUCCGUCAGGCCGGUGUAUUCGAGGCAUUCGGUGUACAAGAGCGUCGAUAAUUCCCGUCAUUUCGGCGCCGACGCCGGCGAUUCGUUCGAACGGUUGAAAAUCGCCGACGGUGCGAAUAGUAGGCUCGGUUCGAACGUCAAUUCCGACAAUAGUUUGGAUUUUCCAGUGCACAGAUACGUCGAUAAGGAGAUGCUGUCGUAUUACAAGAAACCUACUAGAUCCGCUCUAUCGAAAUACGGUUCCGAUUCGGAACGCGACCACCACCACCACCACCAUCAUCAAUAUCAACAACAACAACUCCAACAGCAACAACAACAGCAACAGAACCAGUCGCGUUUCCACGCGCCCUACCCGACGCAUUCGGACCGAUCGCGCGACAGCUUCAGUUUCAGCUUCGAACCGUUCCAUCAUCACGCGCACAGCCCGUCGGCCGACGUCGCCGCCGGGGCGUCGCGACGCCGGCCCGACGUCGUCGAAUCGGGCGGCACGUUUCCCAGGAAGAACCAGCGGUUCCGGGUGCCUUCCAAUCCCAGCGUCACCAGCAAAGUGAGCACGGGCAGCAUCGAACGAGGCGGCGGCGGCGGCUGCAGCGGCGGCGGCGGUUCGGAGCGCGGCAGCCCGAUGCCCAUAUUCCACGUAGAGGUGCUGAGCAGCCCGGGCGAUCAUUCGACCGCCUUCGCCCGCCCCGCCGCCGCCGCCGCCGCCGCCUCGGCCGCCUCCAAUCCCAAAGACUUCUGCCCGUGGGCGCACAAACCGUUGCCGGGCGAAUUGCGGCGCGUCCACAUCGACAAGUCCAACGAACCGUUGGGCAUCCAGAUCAAUUGCCCCCAAACGGGCGGCAUCUUCGUGUCGACGGUGAACGAGAACAGCCUCGCCAGUCGAGUGGGCUUGCAAAUCGGCGAUCAAUUGCUCGAAGUGUGCGGCAUCAACAUGCGCAACGCCACCUACAAUUUGGCGGCGAACGUGUUGAGGCAAUGCGGCAAUUCGAUCACGAUGCUGGUGCAAUACAGCCCGGAUAAAUACCGAGAAUUGGGCGUCGAUCGUUCGGGUACCGAUAGCGAAUCAGACGACGACGAUGAAGACGAAGACGACGAUGAUGAUGAAGAGGACGAGACGGAGGAGGCGACGCCUUGCAAUUCCCCCAAGGAGAUCCGGAAGAGUUCGUCGAUGCAAUUGCAGAUGCAGAUGCAAAUGCAAUUGCAAUUGCAACAACCGUCGUUGCAUCCGCAACGGCAAUCACCGAACAUCAUAACGACCAACUCGAGAUCGUCGAGCGAAGAUCCGAGAUACUUGUGCAUCGAGACGUUGAAAACGUCCAAUUUGGGUAUAUCGUUGGUGGGCGGGAACGCCGCGGGGAUUUUCAUUCAUUCGGUGCAACCGGAUUCGUUGGCUUAUCACGCCGGAUUGAGGACGGGCGAUCAGAUAUUGGAGUAUAACGGUAGCGAUUUGAGGGCGGCGACCGCCGAAGAGGCGGCGUACGAGCUGGCCAAACCGGCCGAUAAGGUCAGCGUGCUGGCGCAUUAUCGCAUCGACAAAUACAACGAGAUCAAAGACAAACCGGGCGACAGCCUGUACGUCCGCUGCGGCUUCGAUCGCGCCGGCGACGACGCGACCGAACCGCCCGAAUUGUCCUUCGCCAAGGACGAAGUCAUCUACGUGGACAAUACGAUGUUCAACGGGGCGCCGGGCAAAUGGCGAGCCUGGAAAUUGGACGGCGAAGGCAGAAGACAGCAAUGCGGCGUCGUACCGAGCAAAUACAAGGUCGAAGAGGAGCUGUUGCUCAGGCGAGGCGCCGCCGGCGGCGGGGAUUCCAUCGAAAAUCGUUCGACGGCGACCGCCAGACGCAGCUUUUUCCGCCGGAAAAAAUACCAAAGAAGCGGCAGCGGCAAUUCCGGUUUGAACACGUCCAGGGAUUCCAAAGAAUUGGCCAGUUUUUGCAAUCUCUCCCCCGGCUGGUACUCGGAUUCAGUAGGUUCGUUGCACGAGGACCUGUCGCACUCGUCGUACCAGCGCGUCGAACGACUACAAAGGCCCGACUAUCGGCCGGUGAUCGUCCUCGGUCCGUUGGCCGAAUGCGUCGCCGACAAAUUGGUGCAGGACUUUCCCGACACCUUUGGCAGGGCGGCGACGGAGACGCGCGGUCGUUGCGCGCAGGCGCUGCUCGAUCGCGAGCUGGCCGAAGGGGCGACGCUCGACUAUCGUCGGAGGGGUUCGUGCUACGAGUGCCUGACCGUGUCGGCCGUCAGAUCGGUGUCGCAGAACCGCUUGCACUGCAUGCUGGACGGUUCGAUAGCGAUGGUGCAGCGCCUGCACCGGCACCGGCUCUAUCCGGUGGUCUUGCUGGUCAAGUUUAAGGGCGCCAAACAGAUCAGGGAGGCGCGCGACGGCCGUCACGGCGUCGACAAAUUGUCGGGCAAAGCGGCCAAGGAGAUGUUCGAACACGGCCGCAAAUUGGAGCUGGAAUACAGGCACUUGGUGAGCGCCGUCGUCGCGGCGGGCGCGAACGUCGCUCACAUUUGCGCCCAGGUGAAGGCCGCCGUCGAUGCCGAGCACAGAAAGAGCCAAUGGAUACCCACGGGGAAUUUGCAUUAGAUAUUUGUGUACCGGCGACUGAGUUGUUUUUCUACAGUUGUUUUAUUAUCGGAAUACUAUAAUAAUAAAAUUGGCGUAAGGUCGUAGAAAAUGUAAUGUACAGUGAUCUGUUAAUCAAUAAAGCUUUUUUACUAUUCAA